ACCAAGAAUUUUUGUCUGGAUAGAAUUUGCCUUUUUCUGGCUACAUAUGUGAAUAAUGAUUAUUUUGACAGAGAUGGGUGCUAAAGGGAGGAAGAAAAGCAUAACUAAGAAGUUGAAGAAGGGUGCUAGCGAAUUCUCUGCUUCUAAAGAUAAAGCUGCUGACUUUCUGCCAUUGGAAGGUGGGCCAGCAAGGAAACUUCCAGAUACUGAAGUACAGGAAAGUAAAGCCAGAGUGUUGUAUAUUGGAAGGAUUCCACAUGGAUUUUAUGAGAAUGAAAUGGAAGGUUUCUUUAAGCAAUUUGGUACAAUUAAGAGGCUUAGACUUGCAAGGAAUAAAAAGACAGGAAAAUCAAAGCAUUUUGGCUUCAUAGAAUUUGAGUCCCCAGAGGUUGCUAAAGUGGUUGCAGAUACCAUGCAUAACUAUCUAUUAUUUGAGCACUUGUUGCAAGUUCGUCUUAUUACUCCCGAGCAUGUUCAUCCCAAACUGUGGAAAGGUGUGAACCGCUGGUACAAACCGUUAGAUUGGGUUAAAAUUGAAAGGAAGCGUCACGACAAGGAAAGAACAUUGGAGGAUCAUAAUAAGUUGGUUGAAGGAAUUCUAAAACGUGAGAAGAAGAGGCGAAAGAGGAUCAAGGUUGCUGGGAUUGAUUACGAGUGCCCCGAAAUGGUGGGUGCAAUUCAGUCUGCACCAAAGAAGAUUAGGUUCACGGAUUAGAUCUUUACAAGGAUAAUAAGUGAACAAAAUAGUAUCUAUGGCGACAAGCAGAUUAGUAUGUGCACGCGCUGUGUGACUGAGGAUCGGCUGAAGCUGGCUGGUUUGCUAUCAAUAACAAUGGAUUUGAAAAUGUAGCAGAGAAAACAUGAUUGUAGAUUAUUAGGGAAGACAGGAAGAAUUUGACAAUUUUCUAUUGAUUGUAUACCAUGAAUCUAUCGUCCAAAAUUUACUGUAAAGCACUUGGUUUUCUUCUUGUUUUUUGGUUGAAAAAAAAUUAUAUAUAAUUAGCUCAAAAUCA